GCUGUCAACUCGCGGCUUGGAAGGGCGGACAAUGAGCGGUUUCUGGAACACUUCCGCUAUACCAUUGUAGCUUCACAGCUGCUGAACGAGUACCUGGAUCAUGGAUCGCUACAUCCAGAUGCAAUGGUCCCUACGAAUGUGGACGGCGCCGCUGAGCAGCAUGAGGAUGCCGAACAUGGUCGUGUCAGUCUGUAUGGAGCGACUGCGGCCACUCUCGGCGCGAUGCUGGUUGCGCUGUUGAUUGAUCAGUUGGGCAAGAGUAGGCUUGGACAUUGGUUGAGUACGGGCAGAGCAAUGAUGGGGUUGGUUCUACUCUUGCUUGUCGGGUUCGUUGGGCACAGAUAUAACCGACGACGACGGCUACGAUGGCUUCGACAGCAGGCUGUGGAGGGUGUUUCCGCCCUGACGACCAGCUGGCAAGCAUUCGAGCUGGCCUGCACAUCCUCGCUCUCCUUCAUUCAAGAGGUCGAACUCGUCUCCAAGGGCUUCCGACUCAGCACACCUCUGCCACCUGCUUCACGCAUCGAAGGAUCCGGCGCAAGCAGACGAUGCAACAAGCUACGGCAUGUGCUGUACAAAGCAUACAGCAGCACGAUCCCGGCUUCCACAUCCGCCCUCAACACUCUCAUCCCUCUGGUCGACCAGGACGAUCUUGAAAGAUAUUACGAAGUCUACGACAUCAGCUUCGCCGACGCACGAGAAGCUCUCAACUCCACCACCUCCCUCUCCAUCCUCGAAGACGACCCGGAAUCCCUCAAAUCACUCCGCGUACUCAGCUACCGCUCCUCCAUCCUCCGCCGCAUCACCCUCUGCGCCCUCAUGUCCCUGGACGCAGACGGCGGACACCCAGACUUCCACCGCUGGCACACCACAACCUCCACCCUCUCCCUUCUCACUCCCCAAAUCUCCACCGCCGCCACCCGCCUCCGCCAAACCCUCACCGAAAUGGAAACCAUCACCGUGCCUCUCACUCCAACUCGCAAUCUCUCCUCGGGCACCUUGUCCCCGAACCUCCAACCCACCCGCGACAAAAUCCGCUCCCAAGUCCGCGGCAUCACGACCCUCGGAACCGGCAUCAGAGGUCUACACGCGAAAAUCCAAAUCCUCCGCGAAGAGACCUCCCACGCCAUCGACGCGUCUGAAGACCUCACCGAUCUCGGGCCGAGACUUCUCUCCCAAUACGACGCCAUCGGCGAAGACAUCCAAGACCUCCUCCGCGCGUGGGAAGCCGGCAAGAAAGCUCUCCAAACAUCCCUCUCCCGGCAAGAGAACCGCCUAUCCCUAGCGAGCAUGUCAAGCAGUAACGGCAUGCGCUCCCCCGUCUCCAGCCUCGGAGGCCUCACCGCCGUCGACGAAACCGAACCCCUAACCGCUUCAGGAGGUGGAGGACCAGACGACGCCCUCAACUCCCUCACCGGCGACCCCGCCUCCUUCAAGCAACCCUUCCCCGUCCCGAAAAAAGUCUCCGGCGGAGGAGGAGGACUGCUCUACGAAGCCGUGGCUCUCACUCCUUCUUCGACGAUGAGGAGACAGCGACAGAGGAGUUUGGCCAUGACGAGGGAAGAGAGGAUCGCGAGGAUGAAUGAGGAGAGGGAACGGCAGGCGAGCGUGAAGAUGUUGAGGGAGGCGAAUACGAGUAUGUUGAGGGAGUUGGAGAGUGUGAUUCGGUUGAGGGAGAAA